AUGAAGAUCUCUAGCAACAUUGCACUUGUCCUAGCCUUUCUUACCUCGUUUAUCUCCGCUGACACUCCCGUCGUGACUGUGCAACUCGCCAAUGACCAGUCCGGUGCCAAUGCAGAUGUGACCGUUGAAGCAGAUGGUGUCGAACAUACCGUCGAAUCACUCUGGGGCAAUACAGCAGUCGCACGCGAUGGUGUUGUUUUUGCAUCAAGCACCCAGCUCACAGCAUUCCAGCAAAAUACUGUCUGCAGAAUUUUCCAACCAGAUGUAGAUGUGACACUAAAUGCACAGCACACUUGGUCAUGGUUGGAUGGUGGUAAGGUGGUGAAUUUGCAGUCCGCCUCCUUGGUCUGCAAAGAUGGAUGA